AUGAUUCGAUUAGAAGAAGAGAGUAUAAACAGUUUCACACCAGAUUCAGGGUAUUUUAAUCAGUUAUAAAUAAGACAUUAAGAGAAUAAAGAAGAAUUAAGAAAUAGAGACAACAAAAAAUAUGCAAUUAUUAAUUAAUCUGUUCGUGUUCAAUUAUUAUGUCGGAUACUAUCUAAAUAAUCUACAAUAAAAGAGGCAGCAUAAGAAUUUGGAAUAAAUUUCUCGACAGCAAAAGCGAUUUUGCAAACUUAUCGAAAAGAAGGACGUGUAGGCAAGAAAAAGACAAGAGAUCGAAAUAAGAGUAAAUAGGAUUUGGGAGAUCACAAUCAAAGUAGGAAGAUUUAAUCGAUGUAUAAUCUCGAAUAACCUUAACAAAUAAAAACCACUUCUCCAGAAAGGAAACCUUCCCCUUAAACUUAUCAAUAAAUAAUGAUUCCAGUAAUGAGCUCACCUAAUCUUGAUAACACUUAAAUUGCUUUGGCAUAUUGUCAAAGAGAAUUGGCUUAAUAGAAAAUGGUGAAUUUUUAAUUAAUGAUGAUGAUCUAAGUAAAAUAGAAUCUAAAUUAUUUUAGAACUAUAAAAAUAUUACACAAGUAUAAGUCAAAGAAGAAUCUAACAAAAUUAAUUGA